AUGCCCAACACAAGCCUUCGGCGCCCGCAAAAGGGUUUCCGUCGAGGCGGCAAGUCUGCCUAUCAUGGCCCACGAGCGCGAACAUUUGCCGCCUCUUCCAGAGUUGAGGGUACUUCCGCAGACGAGAGAUGGGAGCGCGCCAAGCUGGCGCAAACCAUUGACGAGAAUAUGGGAUUCGCGCGUUACGAAAGCGGCAGAAGAAAAGAGGGCUGGCUUGUCAACGUACAGCCCACAGCGAUAGAAGAUGACAGGCUACCUGCUGGACGAGCGGCUCUCGACUGCUACUUUAUCGAACAAGACGGCUCGACUUUCAAAGCAACCGUCGAAUACAACCCAUACUUUCUCAUCGCUGUGAAGCGCGGCCACGAAUCCGAAGUCGAAGAAUGGGUGAAGAGAAUAGCUGGUGGCGGCGUCGUCAAGUCGAUACAGAGAGUUGAAAAGGAUGAUUUGAGCAUGCCCAACCACUUGCUGGGAUAUCGCCGCACGUACCUCCAGCUCAACUUUGCCAACGUCAAUGACUUGCUGGCCGCGAGAAGGGACAUCAUGCCAAUCGCGGAGAAGAACAAGAAGAAUAUGAGCGCUAUGGAUGCCUACGCCGAAGUCGCCACUGCCAAUGGCAACGGUAACUUCGACCUCUUUGACGAUGCACAAGAUGACCAACAACACAACGCCAACUCGUACUCCGAUGCCAGCGACUACAUCGUCGACUUGCGGGAAUAUGAUGUCCCGUACCAUGUCCGCGUUAUGAUUGAUCUAGAUAUUCGAGUCGGAAAAUGGUAUUUUGUCGAGGCAAAGCAUGGCAUCACGAAGAUCCUACCCAACCCAGACAGAUCGCUCCCGGCAGACCCUGUUGUCCUUGCAUUCGAUAUCGAAACCACGAAAAUGCCCCUCAAAUUUCCUGACGCUACGAUAGAUCAAGUCAUGAUGAUUUCGUACAUGAUUGACGGCCAAGGAUUCCUCAUCACAAACCGCGAAAUCAUUUCGGAAGACAUCGGUGACUUUGACUAUACACCCAAGCCAGAAUAUCCCGGUUCGUUCAUGAUUUUCAACGAGCCCGACGAAAAGGCAACUCUGGAUCGUUUCUUUCUUCACAUCAAAGAGGCUCGGCCCACAGUCAUCGCAACAUACAACGGUGACUUUUUCGAUUGGCCCUUUGUCGAAGCCAGAGCUAGCGUCAAUGGCAUCGAUAUGUAUCAUGAGAUUGGCUGGAAAAAGGAUACCGAUGACCAAUACAAGUGCAACUACAGUGUUCACAUGGACUGUUUUCAUUGGGUGAACCGAGAUUCUUAUCUUCCUCAGGGUUCUCGUGGUCUCAAGGCCGUCACUGUUGCGAAGCUCGGCUACGACCCCGACGAGCUUGACCCCGAACUCAUGUUGCCAUAUGCUAGCGAACGACCCCAGACGCUCGCCGAAUACUCAGUCUCCGAUGCCGUGGCCACAUACUAUCUGUACAUGAAGUACGUGCACCCGUUCAUCUUCUCACUUUGCACGAUUUUGCCUCUUGGUGGCGAUGAUACCCUGCGAAAGGGAACGGGAACGCUCUGUGAAAUGCUGCUCAUGGUGCAAGCAUAUCAGAGAGAGAUUGUAUUGCCAAAUAAGCAUGUUGCACCAAAGGAAGCUUUCUGGGAUGGCCACUUGCUUGAGUCGGAGACUUAUGUGGGUGGUCACGUUGAAAGUAUUGAAGCCGGUGUCUUCCGUGCAGAUAUUCCUGUCAACUUCUCUGUCGACACUGGUGCAAUUGACGAACUCAUAAGAGAUAUAGACGCCGCGCUGAAAUUCGUCAUUACCGUCGAGGAGAAGAAGUCUAUGGAUGAUGUCGAGAACUACAAUGAGGUCAAAGCACAGAUUCUUGCCAAGCUCAACCUCUUGAAGGAGACGCCCAAUCGACUUGAACGGCCACUCAUAUACCAUCUCGACGUCGCUUCCAUGUAUCCUAACAUCAUGACAACCAACCGUCUACAGCCUGAUUCUAUGAUUACGGAGUCUGACUGUGCUGCAUGUGAUUUCAACCGACCUGGAAAAACUUGCGACAGACGAAUGCCUUGGGCAUGGCGAGGUGAAUAUCUGCCUGCGAAGCGCGAUGAGUACAACAUGAUCAGAAAUGCUCUUGAGAAUGAGAAAUUUCCUGGCAAAUGGCCCAAUUCGCCAAUGCGGACAUUUCAAGAUCUCUCGGCUGAUGAAAGGGCCAACCUUGUCAGGAAACGACUGCAGCUGUACUCGCAAAAGGUUUACCACAAGAUACAUGAUUCCACGACCAUUGUCCGAGAGGCCGUUAUUUGCCAGAGAGAAAACCCGUUCUAUAUCAAUACUGUCCGUGAUUUCCGUGACCGACGAUACGACUACAAAGGGCAGGCAAAGGUGUGGAAAGGAAAGACUGAUGCGUUGAAGUCUUCCGGAGCAUCAGCGAGCGAGGUUGAGGCGGCAAAGAAGAUGGUCAUUGUAUAUGACUCAUUGCAGCUUGCACACAAGGUCAUUUUGAACUCCUUCUACGGCUACGUCAUGAGAAAAGGUUCUCGCUGGUAUUCGAUGGAAAUGGCCGGAGUGACGUGCUUGACUGGAGCUACUAUCAUUCAACUUGCCAGACAGUUGGUUGAGCGGCUUGGACGACCUCUGGAACUGGAUACUGAUGGUAUUUGGUGCAUGCUUCCUGCCACAUUUCCGGAGAACUUUGCUUUCAAGCUCAAAAAUGGCAAAAAGCUCAACGUCUCAUACCCGUGUGUCAUGCUGAACCACUUGGUCCAUGACAAAUUCACAAAUCACCAAUAUCAGACUCUGACAGACCCAAAGACGUUCAAGUACGAGACUCAUAGCGACAACUCCAUUUUCUUUGAGGUCGAUGGUCCCUACAAAGCUAUGAUUUUGCCCACUUCGAAGGAAGAGGACAAGAACUUGAAGAAGAGAUAUGCUGUCUUCAACGAUGACGGCAGCCUUGCUGAAUUGAAGGGCUUCGAGGUCAAGAGACGUGGCGAGCUGAAGCUCAUCAAAAUCUUCCAGCAACAAAUUUUCAAGUUCUUUCUCGAAGGUGAAGAUCUGACACAGUGUUACGCAGCAGUGGCGAAGGUAGCCAACAGGUGGUUAGAUGUUCUCCACAGCAAGGGGUCGACUUUGGCGGACGAAGAGCUGAUGGAGCUGAUUUCCGAGAAUCGAAGCAUGUCAAAAACACUGGAGGAAUAUGGAAGCCAAAAGUCAACGAGUAUCACCACUGCGAAACGUUUAGCCGAUUUUUUGGGAGAGCAAAUGGUCAAAGACAAGGGUUUGAACUGCAAGUUCAUCAUCUGCUCUCGGCCUAGAAAUGCUCCUGUCACUGAGCGAGCUAUCCCGGUCGCCAUCUUCUCUGCUGAAGAAUCGGUCAAGCGUACAUAUCUGAAGAAGUGGCUCAAAGAGGAACCCUCCGACACCGAUCCCCGUGCCCUCUUGGACUGGGACUACUAUCUCGAGCGACUGGGGUCCGUCAUCCAGAAGCUCAUCACCAUUCCGGCUGCGCUGCAGAAAGUUCGCAAUCCCGUUCCGCGUGUGGCCCAUCCUGACUGGCUUCAGCGACGAAUCAACAUCAAGAACGACAAGAUGAAGCAACGAAAGCUUACUGAUGUAUUUCACAAAGAGCCUCUCAGUGAUAUUACCAAUCUCAGCGGCUCUCGCAUGGAUGACAUGGAAGACUACGGCGCUAAGCUGCUCAAGCCAAAGCCGUUUAAUGAGGCCAUUGCGGCUUCGCAGCCAGCUGCUACCGCACAAAAGCGCAAAUUACCAGAACCUGUUGAAAAUGCCGAUCCGAUGGCAGCCCUCCCGAAGUCCAUGCCUGGCUUAUCGGAAGACUACGUUGGCUUUUUGGAGUACCAAAAAAAGAAAUGGAAGCUCCAGAAACAGGCCCGUAUUCGUCGUCGCCAAUUGUUUGGUGAGAGGAGGGGCAAUGCCGGAAGCAACCUCCAACAGACUUUCAUGAAGCAAGCGCACAUGACCUUUAUGAGCACCUGGCAGCUACUUCAGCUUCGCGCAACAGAUACUCCUGGCAUCGUGACUGCUUUUGUCCUCAUCGAUGCCAAGAUUCAUACUCUCAAGGUUCGCGUGCCCCGGCAAGUGUUCCUAAAUCUGCGCAGUAAAGAUCUUCCCGAUGUCGAGAUUGAUGGGUGUGAGGUUGAGCAAGUUAACUACACUUUACCCAACGGCCAUCCGUCUACCCAUCUUUUCAAACUCACGGUUCUCGAGGACACGUACUACAACGAAGCAGACAAAUUCUCUCUCCUGUUCAAUCACCCCAGUGUUGAAGGCGUCUAUGAGAAGCAGAUUCCUCUCAACGUUCGCGCUGUGCUCCGUCUAGGCAACAUGUGCACGAUUGAUGAGCAACAAAAUGCCGUGCUUGGCAAAGGCCUGGAGCAUGGUUUUGAUCUUGGCGGCCUCAAGCGACCCGCCAAAGCAAGAACAUACCUGGACUCAUCGCCGCUAGCCUACAUCUACGUCUCUCAUAUCACUGCUGGCGAUCGCCAGAUCUUUGGUGUCUUUUCGACUACGUCGGACAAGGCCAGUGUCAUCAUUCUACAGAAGAACCGCGACUCUGGACAGGAUAUGCCAAACAUUACUCGCAUGUACUCUGAAAUGCUCGCAAAGCGAGCGGAAGAGGCUGCCGGAACCAACUGGCAAGACUGCUUCACGUACCAGGAGCAGGUCAAUUUCAAGAUUACGCAGGUGACUACGAGACGCAAGGCCCAUCUCGAAAUCGGGGACGUCAUCAAGCAAAUGCGCAAGGAUGAGCAUCGACCACAGAUGAUGAUCAUUCAGUCUUCGCAGCGCAAUUUGCUGGUUCAUGAUGUUCCUGUGCUAGGGGAGUUCCCGAUUCUACCCCUCAGAUAUGAUGUGGCAGAUAGCUCGCUGCCGCCUCUGGGUUGGCAAGCUGUUGUUGCUAGACGUCUUGUUGGACACUACCUUGGCCUUGGCUCUUGGGUUCUGCAUCUCACGGCUCUCGCUCGCUACGGGGAAGUGCCGUUGUGCAACUUGGAAAGAGACGACCCUCGAUACCUGAUUGACAUUGCAUAUGCCAGGCGCCUACAAGCGAACAAUAUUGUGCUAUGGUGGUCACCAGGCCCCCGUCCCGACCAUGCAGGCCAUGAAAAGGACGACUUGGUUGGGCCUCUCGAUGUCGUCAAAAUGCCGAAUGUCAACAAGCCUGGCACGUACUCGUCUGUCUGUAUCGAUUUGGAUGUUCGAAACCUCGCAAUCAAUACCAUCUUGACUUCAUCCCUGGUCAAUGAGCUUGAAGGUGCGGAUUCAGUGUCAUUUAACCCUUCCGCAGAUGGCUCGGACAGCUUGGCAUCCGAGAACGCAUUUUCAAAUGCCGGUGUCCAGGUUCUGCGGGAAAUGGUCAAAGCUUGGUGGACUGAAGCCUGCCGAGGCAGUACAAUGGCAGAUGUCCUCGUCCAGCACUUGGUUCGCUGGGUUGAAAAUCCAGACUCGUUCAUGUACGACCGUGCUUUGCACUACUACGUGCAGAUGAUGUCACGAAAAGCUUUCCAACAGCUCAUGGGUGAUUUCCGUCGCGUUGGCUCUCAGGUUGUGUUUGCUAACGCGAACCGACUCAUUCUGCAAACUACCAAAGCCGAGGUUGGCAAUGCUUUCGCUUACAGUCAAUACAUUAUCAAGUCCAUCAGAAGCAAGCCGUUAUUCCAUUUUAUCGAUCUGGAGAUUAAGGAAUACUGGGACUACUUGGUUUGGUACGACGAAUUCAACUAUGGCGGCAAAGCCUGCCAAGAGGUUGUUGAGGCUGAUGAGCAGCCUUUGGAGACGAUCAUGCACUGGCAAAUGGCUGCAUUCUUGCCGAAGCGCCUUGAGCCGAGCUUUCAAACAUGGGUCAUUGAGUUCAUUGAGUUGAUGCACGGUCUAAAGCGUCAAGCAAUCAACGAUCCAGACUCGACGCCUAGACUGACGCAGCUGCCGAAUCGCAACAAAGAAAAGGAAGAAGGGCAGAUGAUCCUCGGCAAGAGCUAUGAAAAGCCGCUUAAGAAGGCGAUUUCUGGUUUGAUUGCCCAGCAGAAGCGAGAGUUGAUGCACCCGGAGCUUGCGGGAGAUUACUCAUUCCCGGACCUACCGGGCUCUCAUUUGCGUCCGCGCAAUGCAAUCCUCGAGCUCGUCAAGUCCCUCAUGCAGAUUCUUUCCUUGGAUAAAAACAUUACUCUUGAAGCACGACUCUUGCGCAAAGAGCUACUCGCCCUUUUCGACGUCAGAGAGUUCUCUAAAGAGGGCACCUUUACGAAUCCAUCAGAGAGCCUGAAACUGCCUCAAUUCUCGUGCGACAGCUGCACCAUGGCCCGCGACCUGGAUUUCUGCCGAGAUGAAGAUUUACUGAGCGCAGGCGGUAGUGUCAGCGGAGCUGGCUGGGACUGUACCUUUUGCGGCGCCGAGUACGAUCGCGUGGCAAUCGAGGAGCGACUGUUGGCCAUGGUUGAGAGCUGGACGGUCGAAUGGACAACGCAAGAUCUCAAGUGUACACGCUGCAACGCGCUGCGCUUGAAUGACUUUAUGGAGCACUGCACCUGCAGUGGUGAAUGGAAGGAGACGGUGUCCAGAGAGGAUAUUGGCCGCAAGCUCAGUGUCGUUCGUCGCGUGGCCAAGUAUUACGGCCUGCGUAUGCUGUCAGAUGUUGCUACUCGUUUCAGCGAGGCCAUUUAG